AUGUUCGCCGCACGACAGAGGGCAGCCUGCGUGGCCCGACAGCUGCAGCGGACAGCGCGGACCUACGCUUCCGACGCCCACGCCCACCACAAGCCCGCCGCCCCCGUCAACGAGUCCUUCGGCACCGGAUCCAUUAUCACCGUCUCUGUCUUCCUGAGUGGCGUCGGUCUCCUUCAGUUCGUCCCCAAGGAGGGCGAGAAGUCCGCCAUCCUUAGCCUCAUCGACAAGUACACUUCGCGGGCCCAGGACUGGGAGGAGAUCAACACCCUGCACACCAAGGCUGCGCAGCAAGCUUCAUUCGACCGAAACUUGUUCGAGAACGGCUCCAACAAGCACCGAUACGUUGAUGUCGCCUACCCCGAGGCAAUCCAAUCCCACGCUCCCCGAAACAUCCAGGCCGGUCACCUGAACAACAUGGACUGGGCUGUCGAGCACUUCAGGCAACAGCACCUCAAGGACGAGGAGCGGAAAGCGAUUGCGCUGGCCCAGAAGCAGGAAUGA